AUGGCCAAGCAAGCAGUCUUCAUCUUUAGAGUUGGGGUGGUGAUGGUGGUCAGUGACGUAGUGAUCUCUAUCGUGGAGGCCGGUUUGUUCUUCAAGAUGCGUAAUCCGCUACAAGAGCUCGUCAGGCUGUUCAGGCAUCCAAAUCAUGCGUGCCCGUAACAGCCGUGGUGGAUCUCGUACGCUACGGGACAGGAACGGUAGAAUGCAAUGCUUGCCGAGAGAGAGACUCGAUCCCUGCGGAUGUUCACCUGCUGAUGCCUCCAGCGAACUGGGCGAUGCCUCCUGUUGACCAACUUGACGUUCGAUCUUUUGGGCAACCGAUGUUUGUCCACCUUCUCGCCAGAAAGCAACAAGUCUAGCUGCCGUGUUCAUGUUGAAUUGUUGUAGUAACUCCUUUGUCGAGAUGGAUGCGCAACGGUAGCGAAUCACGUCCACAACAGUGGGCAGGAGCGCACCCCCCGACUCGGAUAUAGACCCCACCGUUCGCGCUAUAGCUCCGGAAGGACUUAUGUGUGGCAAAAAUAGGGUUCAUAUUUGAUGCACAUGUUGUCUCGGUCAAAGAACGCUCGAAUCCGAAAACAACGCUACUGCUCUUCUCGCAUAGCGCGUCGCGUGCUGUGUAGCCACGAGUCUCUUCGGAGGCUCGCAGGCGGGUUACUAAGCAUUGUAGCGAGGCGGAUGACGCGCUGCUUUCGUGUGAUGUGGUCGCGCGCCCUCAUGCGUAGUCGGGAAUUUCGAGAGAAUCUAUGACACGUCUGACGUCGCCCGCAAACCGCACAUAUUUUUUGCGUUGGGUAAAGUGUGUCGUCCGGUGCAUUGAUGCGUUAUCUUUUGUCGGGAUGCCACGACUACGGCAGCGUGAAUGAUAUCUACGGUACUCUUUGAUGAAUAUCUCCUGCCCCAUGUGAAUGGGCGGAGAGCACUGAACAAAUCCUGCCGUCCUGCCAACUCAACACAUUUUCCAAUAUCUGCCUGUUAUUGGAGACGAAUUCGAUGCUUGGUGUGUACGCGUAGUGGGCAGAUUUGUUCGGUGGAUGUCGGAAGUGUCGUCAUAUUCCACCUAGUUCGUGCACAACCCACUUGAUGUUCGGAAGCAUGCUGUGCUGUAUGGAGCAUGCAUCUGGUGUGCAUCAAACUCCGAAGCAAUUAAGAACGACUGUAUUUUGACCACUGCACUACGUCAACACCCACCUCUAACGCUCCCCCCUCUCCACCCCUGUGCCUA